UCAAGUACUCGUUAGUUUGGCUCGUUAGUCAGCUGAUGGCAAAAUGCAAUUAAACGUUUCCUGUAAUAUUUCACGAAAUCUGUUGUAAUUUUUGUGCGUGAUCGUGAAAUUUGUUGAGAAUAAUCUGUUCUUAAUCUACUAACCUUCUAUUUCAAGUUUCCAAAGGAAUAUAGAGGGAUUUAUAAGAUUUUUUACAAUUAUUUACCUGAAACAAAUCUACCAAAAACAAAAUGCCUUUAAGUGCAGAUAUAUCUACAGCUCUUCAUUUAUUAGAGCAUGUGCAAGAAAGAGUAGAAGAUUGUAACGAUCCGAAGCUACAAAUGCAUACUACUCAAGACAUAAAAUCUUUAAUUUCUCUUCUGGAAGAUCCAGUAUUUCGUAGCAUAGUGACCAUUCAAGAUUCUCUGAUCGAAUUAAACACUCAACUAGGCCAGCAUCCAUCUAUUAUCCCUGGGGAUUUUGAUAUAAACAUCAGUGGACAACUUGAACUUUCUGUUCCUAGUACACCGGUACAACCACUUGGAUCAAAUGUAUAUCAAGAUCUAUAUCAAGAUAGCAGCGAACUAGAAGAUCAAAGAGUUCCAGUUGUUCCAUUGGUGCAUAGUAGCAGCGAAGAUACUAGUGCACAGGUUACAAGUCCAAGUCUUGUAUCUGAAGUUAUGGGAAUGCCUCCAAUUACAACAACGACAUAUGUUAAAGAAUUUAAGAAGGUAAUUGAAGCUGCAGCAAGAGGUCGUCAAGUGUUUACUGUGCAGUUGUAUAAACCAGAGGGUACAAGUUUGGGAUUUAGUGUGGUUGGUCUUCGCAGUAAGGAUAAAGGAGAAUUGGGUAUAUUCUUGCAGGAGAUACAACCAAAUGGCAUAGCUGGUUGCGAUGGCCGAUUGGUAGAGGGAGAUCAGAUAUUGGCGAUAGAUGGACAACCACUAGAUUCGAAUAUCUCUCAUGAGCAGGCAAUCUCGAUCCUCCAGAAGGCACGUGGUCUGGUCGAAUUGGUCGUAGCAAGAAGCACUCAAGACGUUGGGAGCUCUUUGCCGACGGAUGAGUUGUCCGGAGCAUCGAGUUCGACAGCGGCCGCGGGAGCAGGUGUGUCCAUCAUCGGCGGCGUUGUCGGCGGGACAACGAACCAGGCCAGCUCCGACAAGGAUCAAUCGGUGUCCACGUCGUCCGUCGUCACACCGGCACCGACCCCCAAGUCCAGCCAACCGGCGAGCACCGCCUCGGCGGCAACGCCGACACCGACACCGCCGACCUCCACCCCGGUACCUGGAGGCCUCGUUGUCGAAAGGAGCCCCUCCGCCGUCAGCGACGCCUCCAAGAGUGGCUCUGACAUGGUGCUGAACACGGAAUGGGCACAAGUUGAGGUAAUAAAUCUAAUCAAUGAUGGCAGCGGUCUUGGAUUCGGAAUCGUGGGUGGACGAAGCAGCGGUGUUGUCGUCAAGACAAUCCUUCCAGGGGGUGUCGCCGAUCGAGAUAAUCGGUUGCAGAGCGGGGACCAUAUAUUACAAAUCGGCGAUGUCAAUUUGCGGGGAAUGGGAAGUGAACAGGUUGCGGCAGUCCUGCGACAAUCCGGCACGCACGUGCGUCUCGUUGUCGCGCGACCUGUCGAACCAACCUCGCCGGAUUACCAGGCACUCGGCAGCCACGCUCCGAUCGUACCAACCAAGAUUCUGGGUGACCCGGAGGAGUUGGAUCGUCACCUGGUGCACAGCGUGCCGGAGACGUACAACAUGCGCCACGUGCAGCCCGACAGCGCGUACGACAACGGCUUCAUGUACUCUCAAGAAUCUGACGUCGAGAUGCACGCAAGGCCAGGUCUCAUCAUGGACGUAGUACGCAACCCAAUGCCAAUUGGAGCGAUGCCAGUGAUACCGACGGUUCCGGUGCAGAUCCCGGAACUUCCGGUCCUCACCAUGGACACCAUUGAUGUUAACUCACUGCCAGAAAUGGAACGAUUCACCGUCGAGCUUAAGAAAGAUAUUUACGGCCUCGGGAUUACCAUCGCUGGAUACGUGUGCGAGAAAGAAGAGUUAUCUGGCAUUUUCGUGAAGAGCAUCAGCGAGGGAAGCGCGGCAGACUUGAGCAACAAGAUUCAAAUAAACGAUAGAAUAGUGGAGGUGGACGGCCAUUCUUUACAGGGUUACUCAAAUCACGAGGCUGUGGAGGUGUUACGGCGUACAGGGCAAACGGUAGUCCUUUGCCUGGAGAGAUAUCUACGUGGACCAAAGUACGACCAGCUUCAACAGGCAAUAGCGGCCAGUGAACUGAGACUACCUCAACCGAGCUCUCCAUCCAUCACCAGUUUGCCAAGCUUCCCGAUUAGCGCGGAUGGGGAAACCACUACUGAAAUAGAACCUGAAGGAGAGUCGCAUACGACCGUGGACAGCGCGAUUCUGCAGGAUGGUGAUCGCGAAAGAUCGUCGGAUGAAUUAGAUGACGCCGCCAAUGUGGAAGCAUUGCUGAGCGAUCCAUCCAGCGAGCUUACGCCUCAAAUUCGUGCCGCCAUUAAGUCGAAAUGGCAGAAGAUCGUCGGCCCAGACACGGAAAUUGUGGUGGCACAAUUGAAGAAAUUCGCGGAAGGCAGUGGUCUUGGGAUAAGUCUGGAAGGGACUGUGGAUGUGGAGAACGGGCAGGAAGUGAGACCGCAUCAUUACAUAAGAUCGAUCCUUCCGGAAGGGCCUGUAGGACAAAAUGGAACGCUUCGUUCCGGGGACGAAUUGCUCGAGGUGAACGGAUAUCGAUUAUUAGGUAUCAACCACAUGGAAGUAGUUAGCGUGCUAAAAGAAUUACCCAUACACGUUCGAAUGGUUUGCGGAAGAAACAUCGCCUCUCAGGAUCCUCUUUGCCCUAUCGACACUGCUCAACACCAAGCCGCUUUCCAAACCAGAAGUAUCCUUGGAGGAUCUCUGCAAAAUUUGUUACCAACGAUGGACCGUCUGGUGAAAGCAAAGUCUGACGGCUCGUUGGCGUCGACGACGACCACAGCUACGGUGACGGAUGCCAGUUUGAACAAGAUGAAAUCGCGAUCUUUGGAACCGUUAACUGGUUUGGCGAUGUGGAGCUCUGAACCGCAGAUCAUCGAAUUGGUAAAGGGAGAACGGGGCCUUGGGUUCUCCAUUUUGGAUUAUCAGGAUCCAAUGAACCCCAACGAAACUGUGAUAGUAAUAAGAUCACUGGUGCCAGGUGGCGUGGCUCAGGUCGACGGGCAGCUGAUACCAGGAGAUCGUCUUCUAUUCGUCAACGACAUCGCCCUGGAGAACGCGACGCUGGAUCAGGCGGUGCAGGCGCUCAAAGGCGCCCCCAAGGGCACCGUGAGGAUCGGUGUGGCCAAGCCGUUGCCCAUUCCAGACAGUAUUGUCCAGAGGGUGCCGCCAAUUUGCCCCGUGAGACGCAGCAAAAGCUUCCCAAACGAGAGCGAAACGACCGAUCACGCAGCCGAGCUCGAGGACUUCCUCUCCUCCAGAUCAGGAGUGACGGAGCUCUCGAUGGACAAACCAAAUGGAAUAGAAUCCGAAGAAGAAGAGGAGGAGGAGGAGGAGGAUCACUGGAAAGACGCAUCGCCCAUCACGCCCACUUGCAGUCCCACCAAACACCCGUCCAAAACUAUCGAAGCAAGGACGAAAACGGUGGAAGUGGAGGUGCACGACUUCCAGCCCACCAGUCCCCUGGAAGGAAAGGACGUGAUCAUCAUCGACAGCGGCUCCACUCCCCCUAGCAAGAAGAUGGCGAUGAAGCGAGAAUCGACAGGCGUGGAGAAAGUAGCUCCGAAAGUGAAAUUAAAGAGAGAGCAGGUGGUGGAGGUAACGGACGACCUGGGAUCGCAGAGAAAAGUGCCUGGGAUCGUGGCUGGACCAUCGACGCAGGUGGAGAAACCUCGAGAGAAGAAAAGAGUAUCGACGAGCGACUCGUUGCCGGACAGAGGCGCCAAGAAGAAGACGUUGAGCAGGGAACAAGACAGAAGAUCCUCGAGAAGAAAGAUCGAGGAGGUGGACGAAUCUUUGGUGACGGAUAUCGUAUCGAGGGGAGGUGAGUUGGACAAGGUAUCCAGGAGAAAAAAGGGAGAUGGGGAGGAGACGACGAUAAUGAGAAGCAGGGAGGAGAGGAAGAGCCUGAGGGAGCAGGAGUGCAUCGAGAGAGUGACGGAAUUCCUGACCAAGCACAGCGUGUUGACCUAUCCAGAGCUAGCUCUAACAGGUGAUCAGGAGGAGGAGGAGGAGGAGCGAGCCACGAAGCCACCGCCAGAUGGCGACGAGCAACGUGUCGUCUCUCGUUGCCCGUCCAAUCUCCAGGAGAUCCAGGAAGCAACCGAGAGCUCGAGAGAGGAGCCUCCCCUUGCGAGGACGAGAAGCGUGAAGAGAAGCGAGGAUGGAACCGCGAGAACUCUUCCAUCCCCGUCCACGGAGAGAGCAGUUUCCACGCGGACAGUUGGCAAGGAAGCGGCCGUGACACCUGGCAAGCCUCCAGAAACUCGGGAGGAGGUUGUCAAAACAACGAUCCAACGGACGGAGGCAGACGUGCCGGCGACGAAACGUCGAAGCUCGAUGAGAAAGAGACCCGGAACAUUUUCCAGGGAAUCGUCGAGGGAGUCUCUGUUGGACGACACGAAGAAAGAGGUGAGGAUACAGGAGAACGUGGAAGAGUUCUUUUUCGAGGACACCAGCGAGCAGAUGACGGGUAUCGUCCCGGAAGUACAGUUGGUCAAGGCUAGGAUAAUCACUGCGGAGGAGGCGGCGGCGAAUAGGAUUGAGGAGGCGAUGAGGAUCGAGGUCCACUCGCCACCGGAAGUGGCGGUGGUCAACGCCGACUCGGUCAGAGUGAAGAGCGGAAGGGUACCGUCCCCGGAAACGGUGGACAUGUCCCAGUUGCAAUUGAUCAGUUUGGCGAAAUCCACGUCGGAGAAUACGUUGAUCGAUACGGUCGGCGAUGCGGAGGAGAACAAAGUUUCCGAGAGGAAUAUCAAGGCUGAGAUUUUGUUGGAUCUGUCCAAGGUGACGGACGUCGGGGGCGAGGGGGAGGAGUCGGUGGACGGGGAGAAGAAGGACAGAAGGUUGAGCAGAACAGGGAGCGAGGGGUCGAAGAGGAGCGGGUUGAAAGGUCAGGGGAGGCUGAGGGAGAGGGACGGUUUUAAAAUCGGCAGUUUGGCGCAGCCGGAUGAACCGGAACUCACGAUAUUGCUGGAGAACGAGAGGAGGAGGAACGUGGACGACGACAGAGACAGUUUGGUGGAUUUCGGUGUGGAGAAAGUAAUUAGGAGGGAGCCUGACCAACAACAACAACAACAACCACCAGUCGAGGAGGUUCCAUCGUCGUCGAGGAGGCCGACGAUUCUUCAAACAUCGACAAGAAGGCGGGAGGAACGCGACGAGGAGGGAGGGCGAGACAGGACCCGUUUAGAAUCGAGGGAUUAUGAAUCGAGAUCCAGCCGGGAGCAGAGGCGUCAGCUGGUCGAGGAAACGGUCACCUUCAAGCCUCAGGAGGAGGACAACAGUUUGAUCAGCAAGGAACACUCGUUGGAGUAUCAGAGCCAGACGCUCGAGAGUCAGUCGGAGAGUCAUCUGUUGCUCUCCGCCUCGUUGGAAAGUCUCCUGAGAUCGGCACCCGACAGUUGGCCAGGCAGCCAACACUUGGACAGAAACGAGGGAUCCGAGCGCAGCUUCAAAGGGACCCAGUACUCGCCCAAGGAGAGGCAGGACGCCCAGACCCAGACCGAGCAGGAGACAAAGAGCACCCAGUGCAGCCCGGAGCAGACGGGCAGUCCUACGCGCGAGGAGGAGAUCCCCACUGGUGAAAGCCCGUCCCGGGUUGCGAGGAGAUAUCAUCAGAGCCCGAGGCGAGAGGUCGAGACCCAGACCCAGGGGGAGAGCAAGAGCGUGCAGUGUUGCCUGGACGAGUUGGGCGAUUUGUCGAGGGUGCCGCAGGAAUCUGAAUACGACAGCCCGUCCAGGUCGGAGAGGAAGGAGUCGAAGAGCGUCCAGUGCCUUCCCGGUGACAUUCCAAUACCCGUGGUCGGUGUCUCGAGAUCGGUGAACGGUGGCCAAUCGUCGUUGAAUCGAAAAGAGGCGAAGAUCCGCAAGGAGGCCGAGGUUCAAACUUAUCAGGAGUCGAAGGCCAUCCAGUGCAGCGAUGACGAGCUUCUAGACGGCAAAUCGUUGGACGGUGUAGAAGAGGGUUUCAAGGGGAGGAAGAGGGGAGGAGGUAGUUCCGGGUCGUCGAGCUGCGGCUCGGUUUGCGAGCUUCCUACGCUGGUGUUCGUUGACGAGAGGAUAGACAUGACGGUCACGCACAGGGAUCACGACGGAAACGUGAGCUGGUCGAAGCAUUGGGGCCCCGAGAGAUUGGUGGAGAUCUACAGGGAGCCGAAAACUAGUCUUGGGCUGAGCAUCGUCGGCGGAAAGGUCGAUCUGCACAAUGGCAGCUCCAGCAAGUCACAGAACAUAUCCGGGAUAUUCAUAAAGAAUGUGUUGCCGAACAGUCCAGCCGGAAGGACCGGCGAGCUGAAGAUCGGGGAUCGAAUAAUCGAGGUCGAUGGCGUGGACCUGCGACACAGCACGCAUGAGCGGGCGGUUGAGGUCAUCCAAGCCGCCGGAAAUCCUGUCUGCCUUCUCGUCCAGUCUCUGGUGCACCUGAACAACGAGCACGGAGGGGAGGGGGAGGAGAGAAGGCAGAACGUUACAAGCCCGAGAUUGGCCGGAACACCCACGGCGCCCUAUUCUUCCUUAGAGAAGGGAGGACCAGUCUCGCCUGUUAGGUCCAUCACGCCGGAAGUAAUACAGGGAGGAAUCGAAGACGGGGAAAGGCAAAGUAGCUCAAGAUCAGAUUUCAAAAGGCAGAGUACAAAAGCUUCAGAUGGCGCGGGAUCCAGCACGCGAAGAUCCUCCAUGAAAAAGUCUAUGCGCAAGAAGGCGCCAUCACCGCCUUCCAAUCCGGGAAUAUUGCGAGAGGUGAGCGAGGAGAAAGAGGAUAAUGCGUCGAGACCGGAAAAUCCACCAAGACGGAAGUAUUCCUCGGACGAGAGCUCCGAAGAGGAGGAUGUGCGCGAGCUCGAGGGUAACGUUUACACGAAAGCUGGUAUGGAGAUUUCGAGGAAAAGCGCUGGAAAUGUGAAGCGUAGCAAAGCGGAAAUUGAAGCGGAUCCGGAGAAGGAGGACGAGUUCGGUUACACGAAUAUGAAAAUACAGAAGAAGUAUCAAUCGUUGGGGCACAAGGUGAUACUGGUUCAAGUGGAGAAAGACAGGCGUGGUCUCGGCAUCUCAUUGGCCGGGCACAAGGAUCGAAAUCGGAUGGCAGUGUUCGUUUGUGGCCUUAAUCCAAAAGGGGCAGCUCACAAAACUGGCGAGAUUUCAGUCGGCGACGAGAUACUCGAGGUAAAUGGCUGUGUUCUGCAAGGGCGAUGCCACUUGAACGCAUCUGCCUUAAUUAAAGGAAUGGCUGGCACGUCUUUCAAAAUCAUCGUUUUACGGAGGUCUGCUGCCCUUAACGACAUCGCUGUCAAGCCCAUUGUUCAAUUCCCCCCGACAUUAGACGAUUCUGACAUGUUCAACCAGUACAAAGGAGUUCGAAAUAUACCAGUGAAAAAGGGCCAAUACGGACUUGGAAUAAUGAUCAUCGAGGGAAAACACGCGGAAGUCGGUCAGGGUAUAUUCAUUUCGGACAUUCAGGAAGGCAGCGCCGCUGAGCAGGCCGGUUUGCAAGUGGGUGACAUGAUCCUUGCUGUCAAUAUGGAUUGUCUGUUGGGCUCGACUUACGACGAGGCCACGAGCCUUUUGAAGAAGGCAGAGGGUGUGGUGACACUCACAGUGUGCAAUCCUAAUCAAAGCAAAGUCGCUAAGGAGGAGGAGGACAGGGCAAAAGGCAUUCUACCGCCAGAAUCUGAACAGAAAAAAGAGCCGGAGAAACCACCGGAACCGGAACCACCGCAGGAUCCGAAAGAUUGUAAGAUAGCGUCUGGAAGGGAUACGACGAUAGAGUUCCAGAAGGAUAAGGACAAAGGCAUCGGGUUCAUCAUAGCUGGUGGAUCUGACACGCCGUUGAAAGGGGUGUUCAUCGUCGAAGUGUUCCCGGACGGUGCUGCCCAUAAGGACGGACGAUUGCAAGCUGGAGACCAGAUACUUGAAAUAUGCAGUCAGAGCUUCAAAGAGAUAGAGCACGACGAGGCACAUGCCGCCGUGAUGAAAGUUUCAGGAACUAUCACGAUGGUGGUGCACCGACAAGAGAAAGGGGAGGAAGAGAUCGAGGUAGAAUUGCAGAAGAAGUCGGGGAAAGGGGCUGGUCUUUGCUUGACGGGAUACAAAAGUGGGAAAGGGGCGUAUGUAUCUGAUCUGUUGCCUGGCGGUAGCGCCUUGGAAAGCGGAAAGAUCUGCAAAGGCGAUCGCGUGGUGGCAGUCGGUGGCCAGGAUGUUCGCGAAGCUCCGGUAGAGGACAUAGCGGUCCACGUGAAAGUUUCUAACCCGGUGCAAUUGAAGCUGGCCAGGUUCAAAUCCGCUAAGAAAUGACAGGGUUCCGCAGGCGGAACUCGAAAGGCGAGAAUUCGGGCGGCGAUCCCCAUCAGACACCACGGACUCUAGUGUGAUAUAACUGACUAUAUCAAAGUAAUUAUAAAUACUGUUUAUUAAGUAAUGCUAGAAGAGAGAGCGAGCGAGAGAGAGAGAGUGAAUGAGCGAAAGAGAGAAAGAGAGAGAGAAUCAAAGGACGCGAAUCUAAAAAUGCAAUCGUGAAAAAAAGAAAAAACUCUUUACAACUAUUCUUAGGAAACUCGAAUAAUUUCGGAUCUUGUUUAGCAAGAAAGAAAUAUAAAUAAUUAAAAAAAGAAGAAAAAAAAAACUUCGAAAUUUCGAGUCUCACGCGAUUUUAUAGCAAAAGAAAAAAAAGGAGAAAAAAAAAAGAAAAGGAAAGGAGAAAAAAAAAUACGCUGUCUCGAAUACCAAAUAUCGAUACGACAUUGUUAUUAUUAUCAGACGAUUUUCACUGUCUGUCACGUUGAACAUGUGUGGUAAUCGAUAAGGAUAUUCGCGACACCCGUUAUAUACACUUAUUAGAAUUAACGACACAGAGUAUUUAUGCAGUUAGAGCGAUAUUAUAUAUUAUAUACUAUACAUAUAUAUAUAUUGUAAUAGCCACGUGGACGUAUAUCACGGUGAUACGUUUCGUGAAAGAGGUAGAAACUUGCAUGAAAAAGUGUGCAUUGUUGUUGAUAAUAAUUUGAUUUAAUUAUGAAAAUCGAGUCGGAUCUUUUCUCUCGAGAGCUUCGUUCUCUUCUCAAGAAGAAUAAAAAAAAAGGAGAAGAAAAUCGAGAGUAAUUCGAUAGAUUGUUUUUCGAGAAAUUUAAGAAAAAAAAAGAAUUCAAACGAUUUUAAAAUAAAUUUAGAUCGAAAGUAAAUUUAAUCGGAUUAAAAUCAUUUUCUAUCUCACUUUGGAACAGAUGGAAAUUGUCAAGUGAAUUGAAAAUUAGAACAAAUUAAAGAAAAUUCAAUCAGUUUGAUCGAUCUGUUUCUCGAAUCGCUCCUCGUUCAAUAUUUAAUUAUCUUGGGAAGAGAAUUUUUUAUUUCCAAGGAAUGGAACGAAUGAAAGAUCAACUAUCGAUCUAAAUCGAUCGAAAUUUAAUUAAUUUCUUCCUAUCUUUGGAGAAGUUCCGGGCGGAAAGGUCCAGAAAAAGGAUAAAUUAAACCAAGGAUAUAUCGAAAUUCGAGUUUCUCCCUCUUUCAAAACUAAUCAAACCGUGUCUUCAUACGAACUCAGAGAUACUCUGGCUUGUACGUUUCGUAUCACUUACUUUUUAAGUUUAGGCGACAUUAGAGACCUUAGAGUAGAUCGCACGACACCGGACUGUCCGAAACCAUUUCCGCUGAAUUUUCAUACCGCUAGGGAAGACGAAGAUAGAGAGACAAAGGGAGAGAAAACUGAUAGGCAAAUUUUUUUUUUUUUUCCUUGAUUCUCUUCGAGAAAUCGUUUCUCGUCGAGAAACUUUCGAGCGAAAACACAGAGAAAAUUCGAAAGUUUUAUUACGAAGAAGCCGCGUUCACACUCGAUGCUUUCUUUUCAAUUAAAAUGUUAAGGAUUAUUUUCAAAAUAAACGCGUAUAUAAUUAAAAUUUAAGGCUUGUGUACUUGAAGCUUUAUUAGAGGAUUAGAAGAUGUUUUAGGAUAUAGUUACGAUCCCAAAGAGGCUAUACAUAUUGUAUAUACAAAAUAUUCGAUAAAUUAUCGGUUGCAAUAGAGAUAUCGAGUUACCAUUCCAAUAAAAAUUAUUGGAUAAUUAAUGAAGCAAUAACUGCAAUGAUUGUUCCACGAUAAUUUCGAGAGUUUCAAUAGUAAUAGAAAAAAAGGAUUGUUAUUUAUGAAUAAUUCUUUUUACUCUGUAUAUAUGAUAUCGGUAUUAUAUUGAAUAUAUCUCUACUCAACUCACGAUGUUCAUUAAUUUUCUUUUCUUUCAUUUACUCGCUUAUAUUUAAUUCGCUUGGUGUGAACGCGGCUUAAGACGAGAUACGAAACCUCAUUGCGUUUUUGUCAAUAUACGAAUAUCGUAGCAAUCUUUUUUUCCAAUCAAAAGAAAAAAGAAAAAAGAAAAAAAAGGCGAAGAGAUUUAAUGAAAAUGACUAAUGUCGAGAGGGGUAGACUGGCUUGUUGAUAGUUCAAUUUAUCCUAUUAUCCUAGUCGUUAGCGUAGAGAUCUUUCGAGGAUCGAGAAAAGCGAGGUUGAAAAGGAAGAAGAAUUUUCAAGCAUUAAUAUCGAGUUCGAGAUCGUGUUCGAUUUCGAUAUUCGUGUUAUUGAAAAUUUUACGACCGUGGUGGAAUUUGAAUUGCCUCGUGAAGCGUGCAACGGUUUAGAAGUAUGGAUCCAUCGAAGAAUAUAUAUACCGGGUGGCCCGUUUCGACGUAAUGGAAGAAAUUUUUAUUUUUUUAAUUCGAUUGUUUAUUAAUUAAGGUAUGUUAAUUUUGAAGUGGGCUCGAAUGAUAAAUGUAGUUAGAAUAUAGAUUUCGUGCAAUAAUAUUUAUUUAAUUUUUUUCAUUUAAUUUAUGUUGCGCAUCGAUGAUCCGAGCAUUUAUAUUAUUCGACUCGAAAUAUGGAUUACCAAUGUAAAUAUCCACCGUUAAAACUGUCGAUUGCGUUUCGUGCCGCUUUUGAUUUCGAUACAUCGCAUCGAAUUGAGAUAUCGAGGUCACGUUCUAAUAAAAUAGUCGUUAUAUGAAAUAGCAAAAAACUGGAAGGAAUGUUGGUCGGGACACAAUUCGCUUCGCUUAAUUUGAUCAUAUACCGAUUAGUUUCUUUUUCUUCCCGCCAAAAUUGGAAAUUUAAAACACAAAAAUUUCGAAAAUUCUAAUUCUAAUUCCAAACCUACGAGUUUUCCAAUUGAAAAAAAUUGAAAAUUUUAAUUUAAAAAUCGUACAAAAUUUAAAAUCAAAGAUUCGGAAGAAACUCGAAAAUUCUAAAAUUAAAAUAUUCUUACAAACGUUCUAUUAAAAAUUUCUCUGAUCAAUAAUAAUUCCAAGUUUCUGACCAAAUACUCAUAUUCCCUUUUCUUUUGUCGAGGAUGGAUCGAAAUCGAAGGUAAAUCAACAACCAUUGCACCAAGCAUUCGUGAUGAAGCGUUGCAAAACUACGUCGCGACGAUGAGGCAUCGAUUGUAAAAAAAAAAAAAAGAAAAAAAAGAAAAAAAAAUUAGAAAAAGAGGCGAGAAAAAAAUACAUAGUAUAUUAUAUAAAUAUAGAAAAGAGAGAGUGAGAGAGAAAAAGAUGUCGCAAGCAUUAUGAAAAAAAGCGUGUAUUAUUUAAAAGAAAGGAAGGAAAAAAGGAAGAGCGUAAAAGGAGCAUGAGAAUGAGAGACUUAUUAGAAGAAGCUUAGCGCUAAUUAUAUUUGCAAAUUGAAUAGAAUCGGGGUAUUAUAUUCGUAUAUAUACUCUUGUACACGCCUUCGAAAUUCGAGGAGCAAUACCGAUCGAGCCACUUUUACAAUCAACGACUCGAAUUAUUAUCAUUAUGAUUAUAUUCUCGCCAUUAUUCUCGCCAUUAUUAAUUACCACGAGUUAUUAUUAUCAUUAUUAAUUAUUACGAGUGAAUUAUAAUUAUAAUUCCUGUUAUCGCAUACACCGAUCAUUGUAGCGCGGCACUCUAUCAGAAGAUCACAACAAGGAGGAGCGUCACAGAAACGAGGAGACGAAAAUAAAGAAAAAAAAAAAUAAAUAAAUAAAAAAAUGAAAAA